AUGCGACGCAGUCGAACGCCCCCAGCGGCAUCGCCCUACCGCGCCCUCGCCCACCAUCACGCACAAUAUGGCGCCGGGGCCCAGACAGGACAGCAGGCGCGUGACUCCGUGUCAUCUGUCCUCCGGUCCUUCAACGUCGAGACAAACCCGACACGACCUAUGCGCCCAUCCCCCUUGACGGCCUCGACCAUCUCGGACAUGCCCCUCGACUUGGUCGACCGCAUCCGAUCAUUCCCGCUCUUCAUGUCCGCCCCGGACGAUUUCCUCGCCGCAAUUGGCGCUCACCUGCGCCCUCAGAUCCAUUCUGCACACGACCACAUACUUACCGAGGGAGAUGACGCAAAAGCGAUGUACUGGCUGGUCCGCGGCGUCGUUGCUGUCACGUCUCGCGACGGGGAGGCGGUUUAUGCGGAGCUCAAACCUGGCGCCUUUUUCGGCGAGAUCGGUGUGCUUAUGGAUAUGCCGAGGACGGCAACCAUUAUUGCGAGGACCAAAUGUUUGUUGGUCGUGCUAAAGAAGGAGGACUUGCAGGCCGAGCUACCCAACUUCCCCAAGAUGGAGCGGACAAUCAGACAAGAAGCGCAGGAGAGGUUAGCCAUUCUCAAAAAAAAGCGGCAAGAGGGAGGGCAGACUGGCAAACUUCCAGAUACCAGCGCCGCGAAUCUUGCGCGGGAGGCGGCGCCUGGCGAAGUCAGCACGGGAGAUGUGGGAGUCAUCAAGGAGGGAGGGGUGGUGAACACCAAAAAACGCAAGUCACCAAGCCCGGGGGUGGUUGAAGACCCGGCAAUCGGCGGUAGUGCACUCGGGAGUGGCUACGUCAACGUCCGCAAAACGCUCAAGGAGCUUCCCCUAUUCGCGACCCUCCCGGUCGACAUUUUGCAUUUCCUCGGGCUCAGCGCCCAGCCCAAAUCCUACCCGCCGUUUACCGACAUUAUUCGGCAGGGCGCCCCCGGUAACGACAUCUUCUUUAUUGUCCGCGGCGAGGCGGAGGUGGUGCAAGAACCGCAGAGCCCCACGCUCAGGCGGACAACGAGAGCAACCUACUCGCGCCCGAGGUUGAAGCAGGGGCAGUAUUUCGGGGAGGUGGCGAGCCUGGGUCUCUCUCAGUGGAGAACGGCGACAGUGCGGGCUGUUUCUGAUGUCGAAUGUCUCAUAAUCCCCGGCGAGGUAGUCGACGAACUGUGGAGAAGGUGUCCGCCCGAGGUCAAGUCCCAGGUGGAGGAGACCGCCAGGGAGCGUUUCCAGCCAGAAGACGUGGAGAUGAAGGAUGUAGAAGCAAACGGGAACCAAACAAGAGCGGUGGAACAAGCGGCCCCCACGGUUACGUUCAGCAUCCCGGCGAAACCGGUCUCGCCACCCCUAGAGGAGGAAGACACUCGGCGGCCGUCCGACCCCGACCCGUAUUUGAGUGUCGACAUGGAGAACCUUCGGAAUAGGCGCCGCAAUUCUCUCGCUCCGCCGACUCCGCAGACGGAUUGCAGUGUCAUCGUGGGCGGGAUCAAGGUGCCACCGGUCACACCCGCCCCGCCUCUGCUAUCCCCCAUAUCGCUCGACGACUCUCCCCUACCCGCCAAACGCGCACGCAUCUUUCCGCAGGUCGAGGGGGCCAAAGGAAAGGAAACUGGCACAUUCCCCGACAUCGUUUGGAUCGUCAUCUUCAACCACCUCGAUCUACUCGAAAUGAUCCGCCUCAGGAGCGUCUGCAAGAAGUGGCGCCAGAUGCUGACGACCAGCCCCGAGCUUUGCACGCGCGUCGACCUCGGCCGGAUCAACCGUCAGGUCGAUGACUGGUCCCUGACCAACAUCCUCGCCCCGUUCAUCGGCACGCGCGCGAUCGAGAUGGACAUCAGCAACUGCUUCCACAUCACGGACCAGGGGUUUCAGGCGCUGUGGAAGUCCUGCGGCAAGAACAUCAAGAUUUGGCGUAUGCGCAGCGUCUGGGACGUGUCAGCCUCCCAGAUCCUCGAGAUGAGCGAGUGCGCCAAGGGCCUCGAGGAGAUCGACUGGAGCAACUGCCGCAAAGUCGGCGACAACCUGCUCGCGAGGGUAGUCGGCUGGGUCGUGCCCAACCCGCCCCCCUCCCGCGACGGCGGCGCCAACAAAAACGUCGUCAUCGCCCCGUCCGGCGCCAAACCCCGCCGCGGCCAGCGCACCCAACCGGGCCCGCCCGCCGCCCAACCGACGCCACCUCCCCCGGGCACCGUCAUCGGCUGCCCGCAACUCCGCCGCCUCAACCUCUCCUACUGCAAGCACGUCACCGACCGCUCCAUGGCCCACCUCGCGGCGCACGCCUCCUCCCGACUCCAAUCCCUCAGCCUAACCCGCUGCACGUCGGUCACAGACGCCGGGUUCCAGGCCUGGGCGCCCUAUCGCUUCGCCCGCCUCACCCACCUCUGCCUCGCCGACUGCACCUACCUGUCGGACAACAGCGUCGUCGCCCUCGUCGGCGCCGCCAAGGCGCUCACCCACCUCGACCUGUCCUUCUGCUGCGCGCUGUCGGACACGGCGACCGAGGUCGUUGCGCUGGGCUUGCCCGCGCUGAGGGAGCUGCGCAUGGCGUUUUGUGGGAGCGCCAAUGUGCUGGAGGGGUGCUCGCGGCUGGAGUGGGUGGAUGUGAGCCAGUGUAAGAACUUGGGGGGGUGGUUGGUGGGUGGCGGGGUGUCUCGGUGGGGGUUUGAUGAGCGGCGCGGGGAGGGCGGGAAGGAGGGGGAGUGGGUUAUUGAGCCUGGUCCUGGUGGUGGUGGUGGGGGACCGAUCACCGCGCGGGCGGCGCUGGUGCAGGCGCAGGGCGGGAAGAUUGGGCUUGGGGGGGUUGGUGGCGGUCUGCAGAAGAUGAUUGCGGGCGGGAUGAGGCCGCUGGGGCCGGGCCCUGUGCUGCGGCCGGUCAUACCCCCUAAGGGGGCGCCUGCGAGGAAGGCGAGGAAGCCGGUGAGAAUGGAUGCCUCCGUCGUAGACCCGGAUGCCGCACGCUCUUCGGAGACCCAAGAUGACGACCCUUCACUACGCAAUAUACAAUUGGGAGUGCCGCCAGAUGACGCCAUUGAUGCUCCAGUUCCAGAGGUCCAAGCUACGACAGGGGGGCGUUUCAACGACUUUGACAUAAGUGGUAUUACCCAUGUCGUGAUACAGCGGGAGUUCAUCGCUUACACGACGUCUAUGUGGACGGCUGCUGUCGAAGCAGGGGAAGCGGCGGGGGUGACGGCGCCUCCGAAUCCGCUUAGUGCCAUCGAGGAGCUUUAUGACCAAGUCCCCAAGGAAGAGGAGUGA